AAAAAAAAAAUAAAUAAAAUAAAUUCUGAUCACCUCCUUAGUGUAGUAUUAUGAGGAGGCUAGUAAAGCAGCUAAAUAUGUUUUUUAGCCACCUUGGCUUUCCUCUAGAUGUACACCACUGUCCAGGGGUGGACUGACCAUUCGAACACUCGGGCAUUGCCUGAGGGCCCGGGGGCAGUAGGGGGCCCCAUGAAAUGCCCCUGGUACCUUUUUAUAGGCUUUUUUGGGUGUGCUUUGAAUGUGGGCACGGACACAGGGGCUCCAUGAUCCCCUAUUGCCCGGGGGCCCCAUGAGUUGUCAGUCCGCCCCUGCCACUGUCUG